AUCUUGUCAAGGAACACAACAACUUCGGCGAUGGACAAGCUCUCGACGGUCGACCUCUCGCGCUACGCAACGGGCGCGUCCGCGCUGGACGUGGCCCGUGAGAUCUGUCGGGAUAUGGGCUGGAACCCGAACGAGCCGGUGCAACUCUCGCUCGUCGACCUCCUCAAGGAAAUGCUGUCGCCGUCGUCGCUCGUGCUCCAAGCGGCGCCGGCGUCGCUCGAUGAGGUCGAGGCGCAGCAUGCAGCGCGCGGCGAGAGCGUCGCGGCCAUCGUGCGCCACGCCGUCAGCGCGGUGCCGUACCCGGUCAUGGACCUCAUUUCGACACCGAUGCUGGAAGCUCGACUGCGCUCGCUCCACGCCGCGUUCGCUGGCGACCACUUUACGCACGCAGUCGCCGUCAAAGCCAACCCUGUGCGGAGCGUCUUGCGCAUGGCCCAAGCGUCGGGCUGCGGCGCCGAGUGCGCAUCGUUUGCCGAGGUCCAGCACGCGCUCUCGCUCGGGUUCUCACCGCGCUCGGUCGUCUUCGACUCGCCCUGCAAGACGUACGACGAGCUUCUUUCUGCGAUCCAAGCCGGCGUCUACAUCAACCUCGACAACGAAGACGAGAUCGCCAAGGUCGAGCGCGUCUUCCAUGCGCUCUAUCCGGCAGGUGCGACGCUGCCACCCGGUGUGCACGACAGUCAGAUCGGUCUCCGCAUCAACCCCGUCGUCGGCUCGGGCGCGAUUGCGUCGACGAGCACGGCCACCAGCGCGAGCAAGUUUGGGCUGCCGUUGACGCCGGCGACGGAAGCAACGCUGCUUGGCUUGUUCAGCCGCUACCCGUGGCUCCAAGGCAUCCACGUCCACGUCGGGUCCCAGGGCUGUCCCAUGGACCUCCUCGUCACCGGCGCGGCGCGGGCGGUCGCAUUUGCCGAGACGAUCACGUCCCAUCUGCAGCGGCGCCAGAUUCGCGUGCUCGACAUUGGCGGCGGUCUCCCGACCGUCUACGACGGCAUCCCGACCUCGGACUUGUCGUAUGCUGCGUACGCUGCCGCGCUUGCGGAUGCGGCGCCGCAGGUCUUUUCGGGCCAGUACCGCAUCAUCACCGAGUUUGGACGCAGUGUCUUUGCCAAGAUGGGCAUCACCGUGAGCCGCGUCGAGGCGACCAAGCACUGGGCGGGCCAGAACAUCGCGGUUAUCCACGUCGGCGCCAACCAGUUUCUCCGCACUGCGUAUCUCCCGCAUGCAUGGCCGCACACGUUUUCGGUCUUUACGGCCGACGGCGUCUUGAAGCGAGGACCGCUCGUCAAGCAGGACAUUGCCGGUCCGCUCUGCUUCUCGGGCGACUUUCUGGCCAAGGACAUUCUGCUGCCACAGAUGCAAGUCGGCGACUAUGUCGUCGUUCACGACACUGGUGCGUACACGGUCGCCAUGUACUCCAAGUACAACAGCCGCCCGUCGACCGCCAUGUACGGCUACGCGACCGACGCCGACGGAAAUCCCGCGCUCACGCUCUUCAAGGACCAAGAGACCACGUCCGAAGUACUCAGUUUCUGGGGUGUUUAAUCGGUUGCAAGGCAAGUAGUACUUGGAACCGUGGCCCCGUGCGUGGUCGCUCGCGCUGGCUCGCGCUUC